AAAAGCAUAAAAAUAAAGCAUCUGAAAUAAAUCAGCCACAACUUUAUUAACCAGCCAUUAGCGAGGUGAAAACAGAAGAUUAGCAACAUGAAAAUCAUUACAGCUAUGGUUAUUCUGGGCUGCCUGCUUGUUGUAGAGGUGAAAGGUCAGGCUAGAUCUCCCAAGAGCAGGUGUUUUUGUGCUAACCAAGGUGUGAACAUGGUUUCUCCAAAACUGAUUGAGAAGGUUGAAAUCAUACCACAAAGCCCCUCUUGUAAAACCCAGGAGAUUGUCGUUACUCUGAUAAAUAGUAUGGGGAAGAAGUGCUUGAACCCAGAAUCCAAAUUCACUCAGAAAUACAUCAUGAAGGCUGUUAAGAAGAGGAGCCUGCAUAAGAAAUAGGAGAAGAAUAUAGCCUGCAAACGAAUCCAUAAGAGCUAUCAGAAAAAAGUGAAGAACAGCAAGAUUUCAGCACCGUAUAAUCAGUAACAAACAUUCUUCUGACAAAUCAUGAACAAAACAUUUUAAUGCUGCGCAAAUCUUUCUUUAAUGUUUACUUCACAUAAAUCUUUUUUUCUGAUAAAAACAAUCAUUAUUCACUGUUGUAUAUUUCAAAAUAGCAAUGCAAAACAUGCCUGAUUUACAGUGUGUCAUAUGUACAGUUUUGCAAAAUAAAGCUUUUGUUGACA